CAGUUCAGCUGCACUACUUGUAAGGGAAAACCGUUUUCUGAGCUUUUUGUUUUGAACCCCCAGAGCUGCCUAUCCUCAACCAUGAUUCACUUUGUACUUCUAAUUAGUCGACAAGGGAAAGUUAGAUUGACGAAAUGGUAUUCUCCUUAUUCUCAGAAGGAAAGAACAAAGGUUAUCCGUGAGCUUAGUGGACUGAUUCUCACAAGAGGGCCCAAACUCUGUAAUUUUGUGGAAUGGAGAGGACUCCGAGUCGUUUAUAAAAGAUAUGCUAGUCUUUACUUCUGCAUGUGCAUUGACGAGGAUGACAAUGAAUUAGAAAUUCUAGAAAUUAUUCAUCACUAUGUGGAGGUUCUUGAUCGAUACUUUGGCAGUGUUUGUGAAUUGGACUUGAUCUACAACUUUCAUAAGGCCUACUUUAUAUUGGAUGAACUCUUGAUUGCCGGUGAACUUCAAGAGCCGAGCAAGAGAACUGUUGCACGUUUAGUAGCUGCACAGGAUUCACUGGUGGAGACUGCAAAAGAGCAGACCAGUUCCAUUACCAAUAUAAUUGCACAGGUCGCGAAGUAAGUUUUGACGACUCCCCCUGCCUUUUUGUUUUUAUUGAUUUUUAAAUUUUGCUCUGAAUUUUGGAGUAUCUACGAAAUACUUCUUUGAGAAAUGAAUUUUUGUGUUAGGAAAGUAUACUGUAAAUUGACUGACGGCGUUUCAUAUACAGAUACUAUAUUAUGUAUAUGGUCAUACAUUUUGGUUUCAAUUAUGAAUUUGUUGGCUACGACAUUGAAAAUGACAAUUUUGAAUACAACACACUAUUUACACGAAUAUAUAAAUACGAUUAUAAUAAAAUAUAAUAUAAACAUGACAUGAAUACUGUGGAAUGUUUUAUUGAUUUUGCAUGAGUUUAACCAGAAUUUUCAACAGACUUGUAUAUUUUUUAAAGUAAACAUAUUUCUCAUUUUUUCAUGUCAUUUAAGUUUAAAAACUUAGGAGAUUAAGAUUAUGUUACAAAUAUGGAUGGGAUUGAAGAGUGCUGAUAUUGUUAGUCCUAAACAGCAGAGUGGGGCCUAGUUUGGAUUAAGAAAAGCUUAACAUUGUUUUAUUCUCUAAAUUAAUAAGGAUAUUUGAUACAAUAAAUUGAUUGGAAUUCAUAUAAUAUCGACAAGGAUUACUAUUUUUUUCAUUAAUCAAAAUCUCAUAAAACUUUUUAUUUAUAGCACAGCUUCACUAUAAAAAUGUUGCACAAGGGCUAUGGGCCAUGGGGCUCCAAUGCGCUUCAUCUUGAAUCCCUCUUUUUGGUCGAUGUCUGUACCCGCUUAGUCGAUCAACAUUAAUCAGUACACUAUAAUCUAUCCUCUUUCCUGUU